UUUGAACUUUACAAAAAAAAUGAAUAAUUUCUUGAUUAUCUACAGUAUUUUAUUAUUAAUUUUUUCAUCCAUCAAUGGACAUUUUCAUGAAACACAACUACCAAAAAGUUAUGGUCAUAUUCAUCAAUUACAGCCACCUAUAUUGAAUCUUUCUUAUAGUUCUUCUUCGCUAUCGAAUAAUAAUAAUGAUGAUCAAGAAGAAAUUAAUAUACCGGUAACAAUUACCAUGGAUGCUACAACUACAAUUGCAACAAACAUUGGCGAUGAAUCAUUUACACAACGAAAUGAUGAGGAUGAUUUAAUGGAACAAUCAUUCAACAACAACAAUAAUAAUGUUCCACCAAAUCGAUCAAAUGUUAUACAAUACAUAUGGAAUGUAUAUAAUUUUUCCGAUAUACUUUCAUCGGAACAAGAAUUAAUAUUUUCACCAAGAUUUUACCUAAGUGAACCGGGAUAUCGUUUACAAAUGCUGUUGAUUACAAAUACAACCUAUUCCGAUUUGAUAUCAUAUUUAGGUGUAUUUUUUCGUAUUGUUGCCGGUGAUUAUGAUUCAGAAGUUGAAUGGCCAUAUAAAUAUCGUACAAUAUUAUCAGUAAUUAAACAUGAAGAAUUAGAUGAUUGGACAACUAAUGCUAUUUUAACUGGAAAUUUUGAUAAUAAUAAAAUUCACACCAAAUAUAAUCAUACAAUAAUACCAAAUAUUGAUGAAUGUCGUUUACGUUCAGCAUUUUUACGACCAAAUUCUGAUAUUGAAUAUAGUUCAAAUGCUGAUGGUUGUGGUAAUCGUCGUCAUAUACCAUUAUGGACAUUAAAAUCAGAAAAUUAUCUUAAAGAUGAUACAUUAAUAUUAUUGCUUACUGUUUAUCUAGAAAAUGAUAUUGAAGAAAAAACAUUUCAUAAAGCAUUAAUGUCAAUGCGUUAUAAUGAAUUAGUUUCCAAUUAUCUAUGGACAAUCGAUAGGUUUAGUGAGAAAAAAAAUGAAUCCAUAUCAACGGGUAAAAUUGCCAUAUUGAAUGCAGAUCCAUUCUAUACACAUCCUAAUGGUUAUCUUAUUCAAUUAUUUCUGACAAUUCUACCGAAACGUAAUGCAUUUGCAAUAUCAAUUGCAUUUGUACAAGGUGAUCAUGAUCGUUAUCUUCAAUGGCCAUUUCCAUAUCCAUUUGAAAUGGCUAUUGUUGAUCAAAGUCCUGAUUAUUGGAAACGAGAUUUAUCAAUCAAAGUAAAACCAUCCAAAAGUGAUUGUGGUACUGAACCAUUCAGUCAACCUGGAUCACAACCUGAAUUUUGUUUUCUUACAAUUCAAUCACUUCAAGUAUUAUCAUUAACACAUUAUAAUUUUCUACUUGAUGAUACAUUGAAAAUUCGUUUUACAACAAGAUUUGAACGUUAUUCAUCCAGACAACGUUCUUCAAUUUUAUUACGUAAUAAUCGUUUAGUUUCGGAAUUUAAUUGGCUUUUACCUGGAUUAGUUGCACGUUUUCAACGAUAUAUUAGUGAACAACAACAAAGUAAUAAUAAUGGUGCAACAAGUCGAGUAACAACAGGAAAAAAUAAUAAUCAUACAUCAUCAUCAAUGAAAACACAUCGAUUUGUUAGCGAUGAAUUCUAUACAAAUGGUCAAGGAUAUCUAUGUCAAUUAGUGUUGACCGUUUCUAUCAAAACUAUUUCAACCAAAUCAAAUUCAAUAAUCGAUACAAAUAAUACAAUCGAUUCAUUACCAUCAUAUGAAGAAUCUACACAAGAAAUUUUACUGUUUAGUCUUGAAUUGGUCAUCAUCGAAGGUGAAUAUGAUCGAUUUUUAGAUUGGCCAUUCAACAAUGCAUAUGAAUUGGCUAUUGUUGGCUAUAAGAAUCUUGUCAAUCCAGCCGAUCAGAUCAGCAAUAAUGGUGGUGGUGGUGAUGGUGGUCAAUUUUAUUUUGAUGAAUCAAAAAGUCAACAACAACAACAACCUAAACAACGUACCAAUUCCAAAUUAAUUGUACCAAUAGCACAGAUUGAAAAUGGUCUUUGUUCAAAAGAAUCAUUUCAAAAACCAAUCAAACAAAAUCCACCUUGUGGUAUUAAAGAAUUUGUACAAAUGGAUUUAUCAUCCGAUCGACAACAAAUGAUGAAAUCGGCAAAAGAAAUGACAAUGAAUUCGGAUGGUCGUAUAAGCAAUAAUAAUCCACAACAACAACAACAAAACAAUGAAUUAGGAUCGUUAAGUAAAACUGAUGAAGAUCUUCAUUUACGAGUUAGAAUUUAUCUGUAAAAAAACAUCAUUUUUUUUCUUUUUUGAUCUGGUCAAUUCAU